CUGUCGUCAAUUUGGUGAUCUAUAAUGUGGCGUGUAACCCGAAGCUCUAGAUGGAACCAGUCUCACCCACGUGCAUGACGAAAUCGAGUUGAAAACGCACAACAAAAUAUGGAAAACCUAAGACCAGGGGGGCCGAAUAUUUUAAUAACGGGUACCCCAGGGACUGGCAAGUCUACCCUGGGACAGGAGCUGGCUCAGCGGUCGGGCCUGCGCUACGUGAAUGUGGGAGACCUGGCCAAGCAGGAGCAGUUCUAUGAUGGCUAUGAUGAACAGUACCAAUGUCCAGUGCUGGAUGAGGAUCAGGUGCUAGAUGAGUUAGAGGAUCAGAUGUCUAGCGGUGGGAACAUUGUGGACUACCACGGAUGUGACUUCUUCCCUGAGCGCUGGUUUGACAUCGUGUUUGUCAUGCGAACUGACAACACAAUUCUCUAUAACAGACUAGAACACAGGGGAUACAGCGGUAAGAAGUUAGAGGACAACGUCUCCUGUGAGAUCUUCCAGACCAUCCUAGAGGAGGCCCGUGGGGCAUACAAGCUAGAAAUAGUGCAUGAGUUGCCUAGUAACACACCAGAGGACAUGGAGGAAAACCUGGACAGAAUCAUACUCUGGAUUGAACAGUGGAAGGCCUCGCACUAGCAACGGCGGCAAUGUGUGUGUAGUGUAACCAUGUGUGUAUUCUAGCCAGGCUGUGGCCCAAUUCAAAGCCAAAGUCAGAUAUUCUCAUUAUCAUUCAAAGUUCAAUAUCAGCACUUAAUAGCCUGGGAGAAUGAUAGUGCUAUAGAGACUGGUAUGGGUUGCAGUGAUUCAGACUGGUUGGGACUGGUCACUUCUCACUGUGGGGUGACAGGCAGUCUCCCAAAGUUGGUGAUGUAGCUCACAAGGCUUCAGUUUGAUACGGGAUAAGGAUCUACUCUGAAUAGUGAUUGCUUAUCUGUGUGACAGCCCACCAGCCAUUUGUAUUUAUUAUACAUGUAUUAAGCAUUUACUAGGUUUCAUUUUGCAAUUUGGAUGUGAAACUAUACUUGUGUACUUUUCCUUUGCUGCUGGGCUUUAAGCUAUACAUGUCAGUGUACUCCCUGGGUCAAAAGAAUCUUUAGCCAACAUUAUUGUAGAAUAAAGAAAUUCUUUUAACCAUAAGUUGGGAAUUUUUAGCGAUUGCAUUUAGGUCUCAUGGAAUUUUUAUGCCCCCGGAUCGAUAGAUGGGGGGUAUAUUGUUUUUGGCCUGUCCUUCUGUCUGUCAUUCUGUCCCAAAACUUUACUGUACAGUAAAGUUUUGCAAUAACCUUUGAAAUAUUGAACAUAGCAACUUGAUAUUUGGCAUGCAUGCAUAUCUCAUGGAGCUGCACAUUUUGAGUGGUGGAAGGUCAAGGUCAUCCUUCAAGGUCAAAUGGGAACAAAAAAAGCCGCGCAUUAGGGGGCAUUGUGUUUCUGACAAACGCAUCUCUUGUUCUUUCAACAUUUGAUAUUAGUUAUCAUGGGGAAGUGAAACGCAUUUGGGAACAUAAAAAAGCAAUAUUGUCUGUAAAUUAAUAUUCUGUAAUUUUAUCUGCAUGCUGGUUAACUGUUUGUUAUCCACCGCCAGAGGCGGAGGGAUAUUGUUUUGGCGCCUCCGUCCGUCCGUCUUUCCAUCCGUCCGUCCGGCACUUUUGUGUCCGGAGCCAUAUCUUGGAAGUGCUUUGGCGGAUUUCAUUGAAACUUGGUAUGAGUAUAUAUAUAGAUAAGAGGAUGAUGCCUGCCAAAUGGCAUUGUAAACUUUUUGUUAAUAACAGAGUUAUGGCCCUUUUAUCUUGAAAAAAUGCUUUUUUUGUGUCUGGAGGCAUAUCUUAGAAGUGCUUUGGGGGAUUUCAUUGAAACUUGGUAUGAGUAUAAAUGGGUAAGAGAAUGAUGCACGCCAAAUGGCAUUGUACGCCAUCGGAUAAUAACAGAGUUAUGGCCCUUUGUAUCUUGAAAGAAUGCUUUAUUGAAUGUCAAAUAUAACACUUUUGUGUCAAGAAGUAUAUUGGCGGGGGAUAUCAAUUCAAUGAAUUUGCUUGUUAUUUUUAAAAUGCAUAAUUUACUAGGUACCUUUCUUUCUGGUCCCUUAUGAUCAUUAACAAUUUAGUGAGAGCAUACCAAAUAUUUUUCUCUUUUGUGUGUAUUUUUGUGUGUGUGUAUAUUGCCUUUUUAUUGGAAGGCUGAUAACAGUAUUCUGAAGACUAUGUCAUUUUGUAUGAUACAAAGACAUUGAAGAUGAAAUAACUUCUCGCCAAUAAAAUUGUGAACAAUUAUUUAUGCAAUAGCCAGUUAAUGCAUACUACUUAAAAUGUGUUUCCUGUUACUCAUAAUUGUUAUAUGAAAAUUGUUGAGAUAUGUUUAAAUAAUUUUGUUAACUUAUUCAGAAAUCUGAUUGCCAGUGAUUAUAGCUUUAAAUAAUAACUGGUGUAUACUGAAAAUCAUAUAUUUCGCGUUAUACUAGCCCAUAAACAAGGGGUAUGUGUAUUAUUGAUGUGUGGGCACAAAUUUGGCCCCAUUACCCAGUCAGUCACCACAACCACCAUCAAAUAGUAUACAAUGCCCCUCAAAUUAAAAACCAAUUUCCUUCUCUGCAAUAAGAAGAAAAAGUUAUAAGGAAAUUAUUGACCUUAACAUUAUUUCAAAUUAAUUUCAGUAAAGCAAGUAAUUAAAUUUUAUUAAAUCAUUGCACUUGUUUAUAUUUAAUAAAGAUAUCUAUAUGACUCAGGGCUAUAUAUAACAAGUAUAUUUGCGUUAUUAUGCAAUUAAAAUAACCAAAAUUAAAUUCAAAAUAAAGCUUACAAAAAUGCAUAUACAAAUUUAAUAACGUUAUUCCCGUAAAAGACCUUGCGUCACGAAAUGCAAUUCUUACGAACACCGGGCGUGUUUUUUAGACUGGUUAUUUUCCGUACAAAAAUGUACCGGAUAGUUUAUACGCCGUUCUAUGAAGGAAAGAAGGCAGUCUUUCCAGCGGUUAUCAAUCUUUGGGGGUAUUAUUGUAAUUAUUCGUAGAAUUAUUCGGGGCAUUGAAAAACCAAAUUAAGCUCAAAAGUAGGGGGUGAACAUUUUUGCUAAAACUAUUGAAUUUACAAAAACCCUAUUGUUGUCAAAAACAGGGGUUGAUUGCCCAAUAUACCCCAAAAAUUAUCUAUAGUCCUGAUUACUAGAUUUUCAUUAUUUAAAGUAAAAUAAAAAUUCUUAAACUCCUGAACUUCUGAUGUAUUUUGCAUAAAAAUUAACGUUUCUUCAGGUAGAAGAAACCCACUUCUGCAGAAGUGAAAAUAUGUGAAGGUUACAUAGACCUGAUCUGUAUUUUGUCACUCAUUUCAUGUCAAAUACGGGUAUGAUUGCGCAGACCUUGUAUUAGGAUUAGAUUCAAGCUGCAGCCUUUAAUGAAUUUUAUAGUAAUUAUAUGGGAUAACUCAGGAGGUGAUGUUCAGAAUUGUUAUUUAACUUAAUGUGUGCUUUUCUUUUACAUUAAUUAUUUCACAAGAAGCUUACAGAUAUAGAUGUAGACUCUUUUACAGACGUGUGAACAGAGGACUCCUGUUAUAAAAUGCAUUACUCAACAUCACUUAUUACUUAUUGUUGCUGAUUGUUUACCUGUACAUGUAUGUUAAGCUUUGUGUGAACCGUUGAAGCAUGUUUGCAUCGUUCAUCAGCCAAUGAAUUAGAAAAUUCUAGAUUGUCUAUUUAUGAAAUCAAUUUAGUUAUGUAUUGUUGCCUAUUUGAAAUAAAUGAAACAAAUAAUUGA